AUGACAAGAAAGAAAAUUGACCUUGCAUACAUAAAAAAUGAUGUUGCAAGAAAAACCACCUUCAAGAAAAGGAAGAGCGGACUGAUGAAAAAGGUAAGUGAACUCAGUAUUCUGUGUGGAACUGAUGCAUGUGCAGUAAUUUAUGGUCAACAUCAAGCUAACCCUGAUGUUAGUCCAUGCCCUGAUGGAGCCCUACGAACAAUCACAAGGUUUAAGCAGAUGUCCAAGAUGGAAAGGAGUAGGAACAUCUUGAACCGAGAAAGUUUUCUUAUGCAAACGAUACUUAAAGCUGAUGAGAAAUUGAAGAAACAGAUGAAUGACAACCAAGAGAAGGAAAUGAUGAUACAAGCCAUUUACGGGAGCCUUCCAGCUGACUGGUUGCAAAAAUUGAGUCAUGUUGAUUUGAAUGACUUGUGGUUGUCAGUGGAGAAGAACAUAGAGGCAAUUGAGGAAAUGAUGACCUCACUGGAAAAACCAUGACCAUGAGGCCUUAAGAAAUUGGAUGUGUAUCU